GUUCGCUCAGCGGCAUUAUAUAAGACCUUCUCUUUUUAUCGCGAUCGUUUUCCUCUUUCCUCCUUCUUCUUUACUUUCUCACACUCACCAAAACUCAACACCUCAGCUUUUCAUAUAAACAAUCAAAACAUGUCUGAAUCCAGCUACAUUGUUACUUUUAAGAAAGAUACGCCUGAGUCGGUGAUUGACGAGGAAGUCGAAAAGGCCAAGCGUUCUGGCGCCAAUGUUACAAACGUUUACAAAGCCGCUCUCAAGGGUUACUCCGUCACCGUCCCCGACGACAGCGUAGGCACAUUCUCAACCAACCUCAAUCAAGAGCAUGUUGAGCAAAUUGAGGCUGACGGCGAGGUCUCCACCCAAGGCAAAGCUCUUCUUGCCUAAUAAGCAAGCUUGCUUUUGAUAGUUCCUUUUCUAUACCUUUCUCUUAUCAGAAACCCAUUCUACUUGUGUAUCUCUUUCUCUUUCGGAAAUAUAUAUACUCUCAAACGUGUGCUUAGUAUGUGUCAUGGAAAGCACACACAUUUGUAUAUGACAUAUUGAAUGUGUCACCGUCAAGUAGACGACGGGGCAAUAGGCGCAUAUGUUGAUGGGCGGUGGGUGGGUGUGUGUAUAGCGAAGGCAGCCAGCCCCAGUGCACUAAUGCUGGGCGGAGUCCUUUCCUUUCAGUCACACGGUUGACAGCGAAUCAUGCCAGCGGGG